UUAAUCCCUCUUUUCUCCUCUUUUUUUCCUAGGAAGAAAGCCAAAAGGAUUUUUAAACAUAAAAUUCCAUUCUAAUGCCUGUGAAAAUCUGUGUUCAGUGUAUCUGAAAAUUAACACAGUGGCUUGAAUUUCGUACUUAACAGCACUGAGGUGGUAUACUUUGAAACUGUUCCAGAAAACAGGGCAAAUAUUUUAAACCAUUUAAAAACAUUUCAUAUGAGGCUUUAUUUUUGGUGUUACAACAUGCAGAGUGAGGUGGAGUGUUAAGGAAGGCAGAGUGGACAGCGAGAGUACUUUUUGUUUUUUUUUUUUGAUACUAACCAUUCUAUUGGGAGAUUCUUGAGUCGUUGGUUUCCAGCUUCAUUCCACUGUGAUCAGAGAAGAUGCAUGAGCUUUCACUGUGCCCUGCUCAUGAUAGCUCUUCUGAAAAUGGAGUCAUGUGGUUCUAAACACCAGCCAGGCAGCCUCAGCCUGGGAGUUUUGGAGUGAUCCCUAAUGGGCAAAGUGUUUGGGUUCCUGACGAGAACCUGCCGGUCAGUCCUGGCUGAGUCUCUACAGUUUCCAGCACAGUCUGUUGAGAAGGAGGAGGAGAACAACAUGAAGAGGAAGAGAGAGAAGCUGAGAGAACGUCAUGGUCCCUGGGACUACCGUCACGGCCUAGUUGGUUUAUACAACCUUGGACAGACCUGUAGCCUUAAUUCCCUGAUUCAGGUAUUCAUCAUGAAUGUGGAAUUCACCAAGAUAUUGAAGAGGAUAACAGUGCCGAGGGGAGUGGAGGAGCAGAAGAGAAGUGUCCCUUUCCAGUUGCUUUUGCUGCUGGAGAAGAUGCAGGACAGCCGGCAGAAGGCGGUGAGACCCAUGGAGCUCGUCUCCUGCCUCCAGAAGUACAAUGUGCCAUUGUUCGUCCAGCAUGAUGCUGCACAGCUCUACCUCACGGUUUGGAACCUGAUUAAAGACCAGAUCACAGAUGUGGACUUGGUAGAGAGGCUGCAGGCCCUGUAUACAAUUGGGAUAAAGGAGUUCCUGAUUUGCCUGGACUGCACCAAGGAGACUAGCAGAGACAGUAGCUUGCUGACCCUCCCUCUUAGUCUUUUUGAUAUGGAUUUAAAGCCCCUGAGAACACUGGAGGAUGCGCUGCGCCGUUUCUUGCAGCCCACGGAGUUAUCAAGAAAAAGCAAGUGCUUCUGUCAGAACUGUGGAAAGAAGACCUACAGAAAGCAGGCCUUGAAGCUGACCCAUUUGCCCUUGACCUUGACGAUCCACCUCCAGCGAUUCUCAGUCAGCAAUUCACGGACACAAAAGGUCUGCCACUCCCUGUAUUUCCCCCAGAGCUUGGAUGUCAAUCAAGUCCUUCCAAGUGAGCAAGCCCUCAGCGAUGAUGAGGAACAGUCUGGAGGACAGUACGAACUCUUUGCUGUGAUCGCUCACAUGGGAUUGGCUGACUUUGGUCACUACUGUGCCUAUAUCCGGAAUUCUGUGGAUGGAAAAUGGUUCUGCUUCAAUGACUCCAAUGUUUGUUGGGUGUCCUGGGAAGACAUUCAGUGCACCUUUGGAAAUCAUAAUGACCGCUGGAUCUUUUCUUUAUGUUUCACUGUGGUGAGUUUGAUUACAACAUGUCGUGGCGUGAAACUGCCUAUCUUCUGGUUUACAUGAAGACUGAGUGCUAAUGAAUGUACCCUAAACUUUCAGAGACUGAAAAAACAUCAUUUCCUUUUUCUAUCCCUGACACUGCUGCCAAAGAGAUUGUACAAUGAGAAGAAGCAUCGUUUUCACACUAUAUAAUUAUAUCUUAUUUAUAACCAGGGGUGAUUAUUACUGUGCUUUGGAUGUGAUGUGUCUCCCCAAGGUUCUUGUGCUGGAGGCUUGGUAUUCAGUGUGGCACUGUUGAGUUGGUGGGCUCUUUAAGAGGUGGGGCCCAGUGAGAGGUAAUUAGCUCCAUGUGGUCUCCUUGUCCUGGGCACUGAUGGUUCCCUUCUGUUCUACUGCGGUGUCUGAUGGUUCCUUUCUGUUCUACCGUGGUGUUCUGGUGCAGCCAGAGACUCCUUGCCAGGAUGCUUAUACUGGUUGGGACCCUCCAGCCACCAAAAUUGUGAACCAAAUAAUUAAAUAUCUUUGCUUUGUAAAAUACCCAACCUUAGCUAUUUUAUUAUAGCAAUAGAAUGCAAUUAUCAAAAUAAUGCAAAAUAAUGCAAUUAUCAAAAUAGUUAACAACAAGACUACGUAGGUUUCGAUUAGUCAUAAUGGAUACUUUCAUCAGUGGACUCUGGUCACAUGGUUGAAUCGAGGCAUUAGCCCUUCAGUUGGGAGGUUGUGGGAGUCCAGGUACUCCUAUGGGGGAAAGUACCAGUUGUGGGAGUCAUUUGGGUGAUAAGGAGCAAUGGUAGAGAAAUAUUUCAAAGUUUAAAACUGAUGUGAACACAUUGUUGUGUACUGGAUGACUAUCACUCUCUAUAUAAUUUAUAAUUUUUAGAACCAUAAUUAAUUCCAUAAAGGUCAAAUGUUUUGUGAUUAUUAUUCAUUGGCUAGGCAAAAUAAUGAAUAAAGUUCUUUUCC